AUGCGUUUUGCACCGCUGCUCUCCUGCCUUUCGGUCAUAGCUUGUGCGAAUGCACAGCUAUUGCAUCUUCCGCAAGUUGAGAAGCUGGUCAAAGAGGCCCUGAAGCCUCUGACCGCGUACACGAACUACCAUGGUCCCAAGACCGGUACUGCGAACUCGAUUGUUCAAUCAGUGGUGGAAGCAGCAACCUCAGCUGCGGUUGAUCCGUCAUACUGGCUGGCAGAUAUCAGUCACCAAGGUUUGGCUGCUUUCAACUCUAAUCCAUCUGGAUACAAGGUCUUCCGCAAUGUCAAGGACUACGGUGCCAAAGGUGACGGUGUGACGGAUGACACUGCUGCCAUCAACUCUGCUAUUAGUGAUGGUGGUCGUUUUGGCCCUGCAAGCCGCGAGUCUUCCACGACAACCCCUGCCAUUGUGUACUUCCCUGCCGGAACCUACUUGAUCUCGUCGUCGAUCAUCGACUAUUACUUCACCCAACUGAUUGGCAAUCCAAACUCAAUCCCAGUCAUCAAGGCAACCCCCGGAUUCACGGGCCUUGGCUUGAUUGACGGUGACCAAUAUCAAAGCGACGGCAAUCAAGGCUGGGGCUCCACAAACGUGUUCUUCAGACAGAUCCGGAACUUGAAGCUGGAUUUGACCUCUAUCCCAGCAAGUUCCGCUGCUACUGGUAUCCACUGGCCGACUGGACAGGCCACUAGCAUUCAGAAUGUUCAAAUUGCGAUGAGCUCUGCGUCUGGUACCCAGCACCAGGGUAUCUUUAUCGAGAAUGGCUCUGGAGGCUUCCUGAAUGACAUCACAAUCACUGGUGGACUCUAUGGAGCCAACGUUGGCAACCAGCAAUUCACCAUGCGCAACAUUGCCGUCUCCGAUGCAGUGACCGGAAUUUCUCAAAUUUGGGACUGGAGUUGGACGUAUCAGGGUCUCACCCUGACCAACUGCACCACUGGCCUCUCGAUUAACAACGGAGGUGCUGGUAAUCAGCUCGUUGGCUCGGUCAAUGUCCUCGAUAGUACUAUCCAAGACUGUCCCACUUUUGUGACGACGGCCUGGGCAAGCUCUACUUCGACCAACGGUAGUCUCAUCUUGGAGAACAUUGCUCUUGACAAUGUUCCAGUUGCCGUCAAGGGAACUAGUGGCACUGUUCUGGCGGGAACAACAGGCACCACCACCAUCAGUGCCUGGGGCCAGGGCCAUAAGUACACACCCAACGGCCCCGCCAACUUCCAGGGCAGCUUCACCGCACCAACGCGUCCCAGUGCGCUGCUUGCGAGCGGCUCCUCAAGAUAUUACACCAAGAGCAAGCCCCAGUAUGAGGCAUCACCUACAUCCUUGUUUGUUAGCAUUCGCAGCGCUGGCGCUAAGGGAGAUGGCUCUACCGAUGAUACAUCAGCCAUCCAGUCAGCAAUCACCUCGGCGGCAUCCUCUGGCAAGAUCGUGUUCUUUGAUCAAGGAACAUACAAGGUCACAGGGACUAUCUACAUUCCUGCGGGCUCCCGGAUCGUGGGUGAGGCGUACCCAGUGAUUAUGGCCGCCGGAAGUAAGUUUUCAAGCAUUACCAGCCCUGUCCCUGUCAUUCAGGUGGGCAAAUCUGGCGAGUCUGGAUCCAUUGAAUGGUCCGACAUGAUUGUCAGCACCCAAGGAUCUGCCCCGGGCGCUGUUCUCAUAGAGUGGAACCUGGCUGCAGCAUCCGGCUCCGGUAUGUGGGACGUUCACACCCGCAUCGGAGGAUUUACCGGCUCUCAACAACAGGUCGCUCAGUGUCCCACUACUGCUGCGGUGAGUGCUGCAUGCGAAGUUGCUUAUAUGUCUAUGCACAUCACUAGCACCGCGAGUGGUGUGUAUCUUGAGAAUGUCUGGCUAUGGACUGCCGACCACGACCUUGAUAGUGCCUCCAACACUCAGAUCUCCGUGUACAGUGGCCGUGGCCUGCUGGUUGAAGGAAAAAAUAUCUGGCUCAUCGGAACCGCAGUGGAACACCACUCCCUGUAUCAAUAUCAAUUCUCCGGUGCCAGCUCCGUCAUGGCAGGAUUCAUUCAAACCGAGACACCGUACUACCAACCCAAUCCAAAUGCAGCCAACAGCCCUUACCCAACCAACUCUGCCUUGAACGACCCUAGCUACAGCAGCUGCCUCGGUGGAAACUGCGACGCUCUCGGUCUCCGAGUACUCAACAGCAAGAACAUCAAUAUCUACGGAGCUGGCUUGUACAGCUUCUUCAACAACUACAGCACUGCCUGCUCCACAUUCCCUACACCAGAGAACUGCCAGAGCAUGAUUUUUAGUAUCGAGGGUAGCACCAGCGCCUUGGUAGUUUACUCGCUCAAUACCGUGGGAACAACCAAUAUGAUUGUCAAAGAUGGCACCUCCCUUGCAGUUGUCGGUGAUAACCUGGCGACUUUUGCUGCCACCAUUGCCUACUUCACUCUUUAG